CAUCCAAUCACAGUUGACGUUGUUGGGAGGUCGUUUAUUGACAGGGGGAGAAGGUGACUCCUCGACGCACAGGGCACCAGUAAACCCAAAUCUUAACAUAAAACGCAAAAGAAGACGGUUGUUUUCAAGACAAGCAACCAUGGCUUCGUUUGGAAGGGCGUUGGGAGUCCUUCGAGCAGGAAGUCGGCUCGUUAGACGCAGUCCGCAAAGGAUAACGACCAGAAAGGCUGGUGACGGACCGCACAUUGAGCCACAGUACAGGCAGUAUCCCCAGUUAACGAAGAAACAGCAAUUCGAGUCAGAAUUGAUCAGCGGUGCCAUGUGGUUUUGGAUCCUUUGGCACUGUUGGCACGAUAGCGAUGCAGUCCUGGGUCACUUCCCCUGGCCUGAUGCUUCCCAAUGGACAGACGAAGAGCUUGGAAUUCCACCAGAUGAUGAGGAAUAAGAUCACCAAGAGGGACUGAAGCUGCAGUGCAAGUCUUUGUGGAAAUGUUCAGGAUAUUCUGAAAGUCAUUGUUGUACAUAGACUAAUAAAAAUAUCUUUAAAUAUGUUAAA